UCAGUCAAGAGAUUAAAAUCUAAUGCCACCUUAAACAUUCUGUAGAUAGCCAAGUGAUAAGACAGAAUAACAAAAUAACGGUCAGUAACCUCCAAGUGGCCUUGAAAGUUGUCAUUUUUCAAAAGUACUACAUAUUAUUGCUGACAACGAAACUAUGUACAAACAAUACAAGCUUUCUCAAGACCUCCGGGUUCGCCGAGUUUCUAGCAGAGCACCUGCUUUUUCUACGAAAUCUCUGCAGAGUGGGAUCAAGGGUGUGACAAGAUUAGAAGAUUAUGUCGGAAAAUAUUUGAUCGCUAUAUUUUAUCCUUCAAACUUCCUGAAACUUUCAUCAGAAGAGCUAUUAAAUUUUAAUGGUUAUUUGUCAGACUUUCAAGAAAUCAAUUGUGAAAUUUUAGCGAUCUCCCCUGAUUCCCUAGAAUCUCAUAUCGCAUGGUAUUGCGCGCCAAUUCAGAAGAAUGGGCUUGAUGAAAAUGUCCACUUUCCAUUAUUGGAAGAUAAAAACAUGAGAAUCUGCAAAGCAUAUGGAGUUUCUAACGAGGAUAAUGGAAGUGCUUUAAUGAGCAUUUUUGUAAUCGAUACAAACGGACUGAUACGCGUUACUAUAUGUUUAGAUAAAGGAAUACACUUCUCUGUAAAGGAUAUACUACGAAUGGUGAAAGAGUUACAAAUGAAAGAUAAGGAAGAUGAGUCGGAUAUUUUAAAACACUCAGAAACAACAAUAACAACGCCGCUACUUGAUUAGUUAAGAAAAGCGUUGAGAAAGAAGUGUUAUGUGUUAUUGUAUAUCUGGUUAGUUUUCAAUUAUCAAUGGUUUUUGUC